GAAAAAAAAAGGUGUAGAAUAUUUAUCCGUGUUGGUCAUUAAACGAGUCCAAAAUGAUGAACUCUAAAAUACCAGCAAAUGAGACCAAAAGUUAGACCUCUGUCGGUCACACCUCCACUUGCCAGCUCACCUCCUUACCACCUCUUUCUCUCUCUUCUUCCCAUAAAUCUUCUCCUAAAUCUUCUCACUAAACCCAUCAGAAACAAUGAAGAAACAACCAGCUCUCCCGCUCUCCGCGGGAAAAUCCGUCGGAAAAUUCUCUCUACGCUUUGAAACCAAACCAUUUUUUGUGACGCUUCUAACUCUCACUCUAUUCAUGGUUGUUUGGAACCUUCAACCUUACUACGAUCAUCUCCUUUCUCUUUCCUCAACUUGCAAUUGUUCUUCUUCUUCCUCCUCCUCUCGUUUUACCACUUCAAACCAUCUUCUUAACGCAACACUUCCAACCAAACCAACUGCCUUACUUUCUCUUGCCACAAUCCACCAACCCACCCGUAAACUUCCGCCAAAAGACCCUAACAAACGGGAAUUCAAACCAUACGGAAAUGCCGCCGCACUUUUCAUUCAAAUGGGUGCUUAUCGGGGUGGACCCACUACAUUUUCCGUCAUCGGGUUAGCUUCAAAACCCAUCCAUGUAUAUGGAAAUCCAUGGUAUAAAUGUGAGUGGGUCCCACAGAAUACAUCACAACCUCCAGUUCGUGCUAAAGCGUAUAAAAUCCUUCCUGAUUGGGGUUAUGGAAGAGUAUAUACUGUUGUUGUUGUGAACUGUACGUUUCCGAGUAACCCGAAUAUUGAUAAUCUGGGUGGGAAGCUUGUAUUAUACGCUUAUUACUCUCUUUCUCCUAGAAACUUCGAGAAAUUCACAGCACUUGAAGAAUCUCCCGGUUCUUACAACGACGCCGUUUAUACUUCGCCGCCGAAGUAUGAUUAUCUCUAUUGUGGGUCGUCGCUUUACGGGAAUUUAAGUGCGUCGAGGAUAAGAGAGUGGAUGGCUUACCAUGCGUGGUUUUUUGGGGAGAAUUCGUAUUUUGUGUUUCAUGAUGCAGGGGGAGUUUCGGAGGAGGUUAGGAAAGUUCUAGAACCUUGGGUGGAAAAAGGGAGAGCUAUAAUUCAGGAUAUUAGGAAACAAGAGAAGUUUGAUGGGUAUUACCAUAAUCAGUUUUUGGUUGUAAAUGAUUGUUUACAUAGGUAUAAAUUUGCUGCUAAUUGGACCUUCUUUUUUGAUGUUGAUGAGUAUAUUUACUUGCCUCAAGGAAGAGAUGAGUUGAAGGAUGUUAUGAAGGAAUUUGAAGGGUUUACUCAAUUUACUAUUGAGCAAAAUGCUAUGAGUAGUGUUCUUUGCUUGAAUGAUUCUUCCCAAGACUAUUCAAGGCAAUGGGGCUUUGAGAAACUGUUGUUCAGGGACUGGAGGACCAAAAUCCGAAGAGAUAGAAAAUACGCGAUCCAAGCUAGGAACGCUUUUGCCACUGGUGUGCACAUGUCUGAGAACGUUGUAGGGAAAACGCUACACCAUACAGAAUCUAAGAUCCGAUACUUUCACUACCACAAUUCGAUCCAAGUCCUAGAGGAGCCUUGCCGAGUACUCCUCCCACCUUCGGCUAAGGAAAAGAUCACUUUUAACGAUAAACUCCCAUACGUUUAUGACGAUAGCAUGAAGAAACUCGUCGACACCAUCAAGCAGUAUGAGCGUGACACCCUUGGAACUUACUCCAAGCUUCCCUCAUAGUAUCUGUCUCGUUAGAAUUGCAACAUUUCUUUUAAAAAGUUCUCAUAUUAGAUGGUAGUUAGGUAGUGGGCCCACACUAUGGUCCCAACCCCUAGGACAAGGAUGGGUUGGAGGAAAUAAUAUAGUUGAUAUUUUUGACCCAUGAGAAUCUCGAUGUAUGGUGAGAAAUCAAAGGGAUUGAUUUGAUAAAUAAAGGAUGACAUUAACAUUGAUGGUGGGAUAUGUUAUAUGAUGGUGCAAGUCGGUGUGGUGGUAGAGAUCUUGUAUGAUAAAUGAUACUCUCUUCGUCCAUCUGAAAAAGCAAUUAUUUUACUGUUGUUAUUAGGAAGGGCUUACUUUAGGUAUUUUUUUUAUUUUCUUAUUUUUUUCAUUCUUAUAUUCCUAAUUAAAUAGAGUAUAGUUCUUCUAUCUUAAGAGAUUGUAACACUUUACUUUUAAUUUUAGGUGGUAUUUUUCUUAGUAUAAGUUCAAUGUUGGAUUGAUGCAAUCUCUUAGGGAACGGAGAUAAUAUUCAUUAGUUUACAUCUUUUGUAUCAAAGAUGCAAGUGUAGUUGUUAAUAUUUCAUUGAGAAUUUCAAAUUAUAUAUUUAAGUACCAUUGUGGGGAAAUAUCAUAAAAUAGAAGUUUUUAUACGCAUAUAA